GCUGGAUCCCCAUCAUGCUAUAAAACCUCCAACCACUUGGGUCAAUGACUUAAAUCGGUUUGACAACUCUGCGCUAUGGUUAUCAAGACAAUGACCGGUUCAUCACCAAACCGGUUUUAUGUGAAUACUGGCGCGGUGGCGCUUUUGCUUCGAGGCAAACACCAACCAAUCACCGUCACUUUCUGUAAUCUUCCUCCUCCACCGCGAUUGGCCACCACCCACUCCCCUUUUCUCUAAUCUACUUCACACACUGCCGGCCACCGCGCCGCUCUCUCACACCUCCGGCCUUCUUUCAUUUUCAUUUCCCCCAAAUGGAUUUCUUCAGAUCGGUCUUUUCCGACGAACCAGAUCCACCUCCUCCGAAGUCCGCAUCCGGCUCCCAAACCCCUCCUGAACAUCAAUCAAACUCAGAUUCCGACUCCGAUUCUCCACCACCAGCACAGCCACAAUCCAACCCUAACCCUACUGCCGACAACGACGGCCGUGGAUGGAGUAGCUUCGGUGGCCUGAUCCGCACGCUCACCACCAAAUCCGAAUCCGUCAUCGAGACCUACCGCCGGGAUCUCAAGGAAUUCAGCACCGGCCUCCGGAAGGAGAUCGAGGUCGCGCAGGGAUCCCUCGAGAACGUCGGACAGGCCUUCGACGAGAUCGGAAACUCUGUGAUUAAGGGCACCGCGCAGAUCAUUUCACAAGGAAAAGAAGCUAUCAUUUCUCUGGACCAGGAGUCCGAUUCCUCAGAUGUUGACAGAGGAAGCAGCGGCGCCGGCCAGAGCAGCAGCUACGACUCGAGGCGGUACAGCCGCUUGGACGCUCAGGUGAGAGCCAUUCAAGGCGAUGCCAGCACUUUCUGCGAGGAGCCCGAGGAUUUGGACGAUUACGGCAAGUGGAGGUCGUCGGAGUUCGUCCUUGAGGAUAAUCGGGACGAGGUCGAGAGCCUGCUGGAAGAAAAUGGUACGUUGGAUAAUAUAUAUAGAAAGGUUGUGCCUGGUAGUGUUGAUGAAGAAACGUUCUGGUCUAGGUAUUACUAUAGGAUCUAUAAGCUCAAGCAAGCGGAGGCUCUGAGAGCCAAUCUUGUGAAGCGGGCCAUUUCUGCUGAAGAGGAGGAUUUGAGUUGGGACGUGGAUGAUGAUGAUGAAGAAGAAAGUGAGGAUUGGAAGAGCAAGGUGAGUAAGGGUGAAGAAAUGUCGAAGGGUGUCGUAGAGGAACAUCAAGAGGUGAAGACCAGAGAUUAUUCGAUGGAAGUUGGGAAAUCGGAUGCUAUUCAGCCGGUAGAGCAGAACCCUAUCGAGGAUAAGAAAAUGGGCGAUGUGAAGGUCGAAGAAAUUGGGCAAACUGCAAAGGAGGAAACUGCUUCUGCUACUGUGACAGCUGAAGAGCCAAAAGUAGUGAACAACCCAAGUCCUGCUACUGCUAGUGGUGAUGUAGUAUCUAGUGAGAAAGGGGAUGAAGUUAAGGAGGAUGUGAAAUCUGCUGAGAAUUCAGGUUCCGAAGGAAAUGGUGGCAAUGGAGGGUCUUGUAAAGACAGCGAUUACUCGGUAGUGUCGAGCCACCAGACGACAGCAGAGGAGGAAGAUCUUGGGUGGGAUGAGAUUGAAGAUCUAAGCGGCAUUGACGAUAGUAAGAAAGAGGAGAGGAGAGUGAGUCAGGGUGGGAGUAGUGCAACCAAGGAGGAGUUGAGGAAGAGGCUGAGUGUUGCAGAAGAGGAGGAAGAAGAGGAUUUGAGCUGGGAUAUUGAAGACGACGAUGAACCAGUUAAAGCUUGAACAGCAUCCAUUUAAGACUGCUUUCUAAACAUUCAUAUCGUUUCUCACGGUAUUUUCUUUGCUGCUAUGUACUGUUCUCAUUCCUCUUGGACGUGUGUUUAAGUGUGGCUUAAAGGAAGGUCUGGAUGUUAGAAAUUGAUUUACAUGAUUCAUAUAGCUUUUCCCCUCCAUGUAAUGCUCUCUCUCUCUCUCUCUCUGAAUGUCGAUGUUUCAAUGAUUAUGAAAUUGGAGAUAAGGUGUUUAUAAUAUAGUAACUACCCUAAUCCGUUGUUCAUCAUUUUCUGGUUGUUGUUAGAUCCUCAAGUAUGGUAGAUGGUGAUACCGGCAAGAGCGGUUUGAAAUAUGCAGGAACGAGGAAUAAAUUUUUGCAGCAAGUGAUGAAGUCAGAGCCAGAGUAAGGUUUUGUGACAUUGAUCAUGUGAAUAGGGCAUUGUUACACCCUGUGAAGCGUGGUUAGAGCCCGAUGGAUGAUUGAAAGUAAGCGCGAUUGCGACUUUGGACAUCCAUUACUGAAGGUGCUGAAGGAGUAAUUUGAUGAACAGUUAUGGUGGUGUUGUGGGCUGAAUGUUGCUUUCGUUGCCACUACUAUGAAGAGUGUUGCAACCUGGGCACUAAUCAGGUUUUAC